CAGGAAAGCCGUUGACAAAGAGUAGUUCGAUUCUUGCAAGAGCAGAGGAUGGCAGAUCAAUUGACAGAGGAGCAGAUCGCUGAAUUCCAAGAAGCAUUCCAAUUGUUUGCUGGCGAUGAACUGGAAGAUCUGACGGAAGAACAGAUCGAAGAACUGCGGGAGUGGCAGGCGCACUGCGAGGAGCUCCGUUCUGAAUGGAACGAAGAAGAUUCGCUCAUGCAGCAUCUGCGGCAGUUGCAUGGCACUGGAGCAAGACUCUUGGGAGAGGCCGAGGACGGCCCAAUCAUUGCUCCCUUGACCUCCAUUGAGGUGGAACUUGAGGUCCUCGAUAUCGCUGUGCUGGCACGAUUUACUCAGUGCUUUGUGAAUCCCACAGACGAGUUGCUAGAUGUGACCUAUGCCUUCCCGGUGCUCCCGAGUGCGAGCGUCACGCAUUUGGAUGCUCAAAUCGGCGAGCGGGUAAUUGUGGGACGAGUUGUUGAAAAGCAAGCGGCUCGCGCGCAGUUCCAGGAAGCCCGGACGGAGAGAAAGGCCGCCGGCCUCUUGGAGAAAGCUGCGGGAGAUCUGAUGCGCCUGAAGCUGGGGCAAGUGGAUCCCGGAGAGACCGUGCUGGUCCGCCUGGACAUGACGAUGGAGCUGCAGAAUCAGAGUGAUGGUCAAUUCCGUGUGGCUCUGCCAAUGAUUGUUGACCCGCGCUAUCCGUUGCGACCCGAUGUUUGGACUACCGAAGCAAUGGAGGACUUUGCAGCCACGCAAGAAGCAUCACAGGGUCCUGGCACGGGAAGCUUCAGCUUCACUGCUCAGGUGCAGAUGCCAAGCCCGGUGUUGCGGAUCUGCAGUCCCAGUCACCCCGAGAUGGCGUGUCACCUGGAUGGAUCACAGGCCUUUGCCUCCCUAGCCCUCACCACAAUGCCCCAGCGCGAAGUCGUCCUUUCGAUCAACAUCUCGAAGCCGCUGGAGCAGCGCUGUUGGAUGCAAGAGAUGGACGAGGAUACCGGUUUGCUGUACGCCGUUCUCUGUCCAGAGGAGAAGGCGUUGGAGCACCUUUGGCCGGCCGAGGAUCUUCCGAAGGAGUUCAUUUUUCUGUUGGAUCGAUCUGGAUCGAUGCAGGGUUCGGCAAUCUCAGCAGCACAAUCUGCUUUGCAGCUCUUUCUCAGGAGCCUACCCCUUGGAUGUCUCUUUGACAUCGUUGGUUUUGGCUCGACAUGGAGGUCGUUGUUUGAGGCCAGUGUGGUCUACGACGAGAAAUCCCUCAACAAGGCCAGCAAACAUGUGAAGUUUGUCCAAGCAGACAUGGGAGGUACUGAGCUGCUUCAGCCCCUGAAGCAUGUUCGAGAACGUGUUGUACCCGCUGGCUACCAACGUCGAGUAAUAUUGCUUACGGAUGGCCAAGUCUCAAACACCCAAGAAGUGAUGAAGCUGGUAGCAUCUUUGCCCAGCCAUACGGAGGUCUACACUGUGGGUUUUGGAGGAGGCGUUUCCCACGCUUUGGUUGAAGGCAUUGCCGAGAAUGGCCGUGGUGCAGCGGAUUUUGUGCUGGGGGCAGCAGAAUUAGAACCGACAGUCAUCCGGCAGCUGACAAGAGCCAUGCGUGGAUGUCCUCCAAGGCUCACGCAGGUGGAGUGGUCCGGCCGGCUGGAAGAAGUCUCCCCCAGUGCUCUGGCUCCACGUGGCCGAGGACCCCACCAAUCGGGACGUGCGACAGCCGGGAGAGCACGACUGGGUGUGCCAUGCUGUGGGCAGCGGGUUGUGCUGGCAGCGGUGGUCAAAGGUGGUCAAGGCCUAGGCGACUCACUUCAGUUGCGCUUCCACAACAACGACGGUCACAGCGAGUGCAUUGCCUUACCAGUGCAGCACCUCCAGCGUUCUCGGGUUCUGCAGAGCGUCGUCGGGAAGGCCCUGAUCGAUGAUGCCAUGAAGGACCUGCCGAUCGGGACGGAGGAGGCGAAGCGUUGCCAAGAUCGGAUCAUCCGCUUGGGUACAGAAUUCCAAGUCGUCACCAAGUACACUUCAUUGGUUGCUGUUUGCUCAGAGAGCUCUGAUUUGGAUUUGCCAACAUCGGCAGUUUCAGCAAACCGGCAGCUUCCGCAAAGACCAUUCGGCGGCAGUCGAGGCUGCAUUUCCACUCGCGAGCUUGGACCUCUCAUGCGGUCCCUGGGGCAAAACCCCACGGAGGCAGAACUACAGGACAUGAUCAAUGAGGUGGACUGCGACGGGAACGGCGUCAUAGACUUUCCAGAGUUUCUCAGCAUGCAAGCGCGAAAGAUGAGGGACACAGACGGGGAGGAGGAACUCAUGGAAGCCUUUCGGGUCUUCGACGUCAACGGCAGCGGCUUCAUCUCUGCGGCGGAAUUUCGACAUGUGAUGACCAAUCUAGGAGAGUGUUUGAGCGACCAAGAGAUUGACGAGAUGUUCAGACAAGCUGACGUUGGUUGUGACUUUGAGCAGGAGAGCGAAAGCACAGAGACAGAGUUUGUUCCUCCAGACGCUGCCACCAUUCUGAAUAAACAGAAGGCAUGGCUUCAAGAACUUAUUCUCCUUCAGGCCUUUGAUGGUUCUUGGAAGGACACCUUGGAGCUUCGGGAGGUCUUGGCAUUGCCAAACGAUGCGUUUCUUGAAGGACCGAAGUGGGCAACAGCUUUGGUGCUUGCUGCACUUGAGCUGUACUUGCCUGGUCUUUCUGCAGAGUGGGAUCUGCUGGCCAAAAAAGCAAGAGCAUGGCUGAACCAGAUAGACAGCGAGACGUCGACAGCUGCGUUGCACCUCUUGCAGCAAGUUGCUCCAGAAUGGCCCAAGACUCCUCCACCUGUACUUGUGCACAAAAUGGUCAAAGGUAACACCGCUCGCCCUCAACGCUGCGGUGGUGUUUGCUAUGAAGAGAUGGUGAAGAUGAUGAUGGCAAAGUGAGAAACUGCUGAGUUGAUGACUUUCAUUUGAAAGGUUCGAGAAUGAUGCAG